CGCCCACGAGUUAUGUCAUGCCAGCUCUGUAGAGCGCGCAAGUUACGCUGCAACCGCCAGUUCCCAUGUUCCAAUUGCACUGCCCGUGGAGUGGAGUGUCAAGCGGCUUCAGUCCAACAACCGGCUGGGCGACGACCAGGCGUAGAUAAGACACCGCCAACUACACCACAAGUUUGCAAUGAUGAAUUGCUGAAGCGCUUGGAGUCACUAGAGGCCCUGCUCACUGCGCAGAACCAGGACCCAGAAACUGCACAUCCCAUGCCAGAGCUGCGUAAGGAUACAAAUAGUCAAAACUCGCCGCCAAUUGUCCUCUGCAUGUUAUCAGAUGCCUUGGUCCUAGAGCGGCAUUGUAUGAGCUCUAAAGCAGGGGACUCUGAUACAUUGAAUUCUAUUGGCUUUUACACAUGCCCUACUCGAUUAAUUACACGGCCCUAUUCAUUCAUUUUACAGAGUAACAGCCCGCCAUCCGUCGUUGCCCCGGCGGGGCCUAUUAAGUGCAUAUGGCUGCCGGAGCGCGAAGACACCAGGAGAAUUGUCGACAAAUACCUUAACGACAUCUCAUUCAUUCACCACGUUAUCCAUGCGCCUACUGUGAGGCGUCUAGUGGAUGAUAUUCAUGACGCUAUUGGUCUAGGCCACCAACCGCCCAUGGGACCCGUCGCAUUAUUGCUCGCCAUCUUCGCCAAUGCCACUGGCCUAUGGACUGCCCGUGACCUCUCAAGAAACCUCUUCUACUGUGUACCUGAGGCGCAUUCACAGGCAUCCAUGUGGCAAAAGGCAGGUCUUGUUGUUCUGGAUCACCUUCAACAAGACUCGCAUGUAUCUCUCGAGGCCACGCAGGCAAUGGUAAUCUUGUUUUAUUCCGUUGUCAACCUCGAAGGCGUUUCAGCCAUGUUUCGAAAUCUCCUUUCAAGAGCUAUCACAAUGGCCCGCGAGCUAGGACUUCAUUGCAUCGACUCGCCCCGACGACUUCUGGGUAUAGCUACGCCUAGAUACAGAGUUUUCGAGGCUGAGAUUGGACGCAGAGUUUGGUGGUAUCUCUGUUCCACUGACUGGAUACUUGCAGGGCUUUCGGGUACCCUUGGAAAUAUCUGCAUGAUAAACCCGUCGCAAAUGGCUGUAGAAAAGCCAAGGAAUAUUGACGAUGAUGAUCUUGUCGAAGGAGAGGAAAUCGUCGGCAAGCCGAUGGACCAACCGACAUGCAUGUCGUUUUGUCUUCAACGCAUACGUCUUGCCGAGAUCUUCCGCGCCUCUCUAGAGAAAACCCAAUUCGCGGCUCUGAGUCUAGAAGCUGUCGAUUCUCAGCAAGUGGAAGAACUCGAUAUCCAGAUGACCCGAUUUUGGGACGAUACGCCAGCCAUCUUGCGCCUCAACCAUGAUUUGAAGCCAGUUGACGGCAGUUCAGAUAAGAUUGGAAUCCAGCGGUACCUAUUACAUCUGUUCGUUCAUGGUCAAAGAUGCAAGAUCCAUCUGCCUUAUCUCGCUCGCGGCGCCUUGUAUACAUCUAAUCGCGCGGCUUGCGUGGAAUCUGCGCGGUUUAUCAUUCGCAUGGAACAGCAGUUGGAGAAAGAAGAAGCUGAUUUUUCCGAGUCACGACUGAGACUGUCCAUUGUUCUUCACCAUAUAUACUUAGCAUUUGUUGUGUUGUUAUUCGAUCUUUGUCUCGAUUCCGAUAGACCAACAAACAUCAAUAAGUCUCCAGAGGCAGCAGUUGCGUGGGACAUCCUGCAGGGUGCCAAGGCUCAGUUACCACAGGCAGAGGUGUUAAUAGACCCUCUUCACCAAGUCAUGAGUAGACACAAUAUUUUGUAUGGAAGGGCAAAGACCCAUGGUCACUAGUUGGUUGCCGACAACGACCAAAACACUGCCUUCACCUUCACAUACUCUGCAAAUACUGGCAUUUGUCUGUCGACGGCUACCAUAGAAAAAGGACCGAUGCAGCUCGUUAACGACUAAAAUAACCUUGGG